GGUAAGCCGGGCCAGCGCAGGGGGGUAGUGGAGCCCAGGCUGCGCAGGAGCCACCCUGACCUGCAUCUCCUCCCAGGGCGAAAGCCCCGCGAGGCCGAGUGAGCGGCAGCCACCAGCCCGGGGACCUCUUUUAAGAUGACCCGCACGGACCCGCCGGACCUGCUGGUGUCGACCGUGUACCAGGACAUCAAGGUGGCGGCCCCGGGGCCCGCGUCGAGGCGCCCGCCAUGUGAACGCUCCAUGGCCCGGCCUGCUGCGCCCGCGCCUUUCAACAAGCGCCACUGCCGCAGCUUCGACUUCCUGGAGGCGCUGGACGGGACCGCCAUGGAGGCCCACCCGGAGCCGCCGCCCCCAGAGCCCGCCGCGCCGCGCUCCCGGCCCCGCGACAGCGAGCCCCGACGCCGCGCCCGCUCCAAGAGCGCGCCCCGCGCGCCCCCGAGCCUGACGGCCGCGCCCGCGUCGCCGCCCGUGCUGCCGCGCAGAGGCCGGGAGCCCCAGCGGGCCGCGCGGGCCGAAGCGUCGCCGCGCCGGGAACCUGCGUACCCCGCGCUGCGCGCGCUCGCCAACGAGCUGCACCCCAUCAAGCUGCAGCCGCAGAGGGGCGGCCCGGGUCGCAUUGCGCCCCUGUGCGCCGCAGCCGGCCGCUGCGCGCCGCCCGAACCGCCCUCCGGGCCCGCCCCCCACGUCCGCUGCCGCCUCGACAUCAAGCCCGACGAUGCGGUGCUGCAGCAUGCAGCUCGGGGUUCGCGGCCCUGCGGGCCCGCCGAGACCGCGCCCUGGGCCCGCGCCGCCCCGCAGCUCCACGGCCUCACCGUGCCCGGGCCUCGCCACGUGGCGAUGUCGCGCACGCCCACCCCCGCUGACUCGUACUGCGCGGACCCCCGGGCACUGUACUGCGACGGGCCCCUACCUGGGCCCCGGGACUACGCAGAGCGCCGAAGUCUGCCCUUCACCACCCCGCCGGGCCCCACCCAGUUCUUCUACACUGAGGAGCCCGAGGCCCACCCCGGCGGCUUCACGGCCAGCCCGGGCCCUCCCUUCGAUAGCUACUACCCCAGGCCUUUCCCAUCUGAGGAGCCCUCUGGGCCCAGUCCACGGCGCGGGAGCGGCUACUAUGCUGGGGAAAUGCGCACCUUCCCGGUCCAGGACCCGCCCUCCCGUUCCUACUACGGGGAGGCCCCCAGAGCCUACAUCCCGCCCUGCGGCCCCCGCUAUGGCCCCGAGGAGCUCCGAGCCCACCCCGCCGCCCGCCUCUUUUACACAGAGGACUUCGGACGGUACCGCGACCGCGACGCCCUGGCGCGGACUUACCCACACCCACGCGGCAGCCUGGCCUGGGGCGACUGGGGCCCGCGGCCUUACCGCACCCUGCAGGUGGCGCCUCCCCCGGACCCCGGCCCGCUGCUCGCCUCGUGGCACGGUGGCACCAGCACCAGCCCGCCCCGGUUGGCCACCGACAGCCGCCACUAUUCGCGCUCCUGGGACAACAUUCUGGCGCCCGGGCCGCGCCGCGAGGACCCCCUGGGCCGCGGCCGCAGCUAUGAAAACCUGCUGGGGCGCGAGGCGCCGGAGCCGAGGGGUGCAUCCCCCGAAGGCCGGCGCCCGCCCGUGGUCGUCAACCUAUCCACCUCGCCCAGACGCUACGCGGCGCUGUCGCUGUCUGAGACGUCGCUGUCCGAGAAGGGCCGCGCGGGCGAGGGCCCGGGCCGCAACUGGUAUGUCACGCCCGAGAUCACCAUCACCGACAACGACCUGCGCGCCGCCGAGCGCCCCGCCACCAGGGGCUGGGAACGGCCCGAGGGCCGCCCGCGGCCGCCUCCGCCCGCAGUCCCCGACGGCCCAACCUCUGGCCGCCAGCGCAGCCUCGAGCAGCUGGACGAGCUCAUCACCGACCUGGUCAUCGACUCGCGGCCCCCAGCAGGCCAAGCCCCCGAGCCCGCGGCCGACGGCCUGGGCCGCCAGCUGCGCCGCCUGCUGGACUCGCGGCCCCCAGGCCCCGGGGCCCCCGCGCUGGCGCCGCGCUCGCCCCCCGCGUCGGCCGGCAGCGCCGAGGAGCCCGCGGGCCCGGGGCAGGCGGCCGACGGGUCCCCGGAGCCCAGCGCCGACGAGGACGACCUGAUGACGUGCUCCAACGCGCGCUGCCGGCGCACAGAGACCAUGUUCAACGCCUGCCUCUACUUCAAGUCCUGCCACAGCUGCUACACCUACUACUGCUCGCGCCUGUGCCGCCGCGAGGACUGGGACGCGCACAAGGCGCGCUGCGUGUACGGCCGCGUGGGCAGCGUGUGCCGCCACGUGCUGCAGUUCUGCCGCGACAGCGGCCCGGUGCACCGUGCCUUCUCGCGCAUUGCGCGUGUCGGCUUCUUGUCCCGGGGCCGCGGCGUGCUGUUCUUGGGCUUCCCGAGCCCCGGCUCGGCAGACAACUUCCUGCGCUUCGGCCUCGAGGGGCUGCUGCUGUCGCCCACCUACCUGUCGCUGCGAGAGCUGGCCACGCACGCGGCGUCCCUGGGCAGCUACGCGCGCGAGCUGGCGGCCGCCGGGCGCCUCUACGAGCCGGCCGAGUGCUUCCUGCUCAGCGUGUCGGUGGCCGUGGGCCCCGGCGCCGCGCCCCCUGGCGCCCCCGCCCGGCCCGCGCCCGCGCCGCGCAGCCCAGGGCCCACGGUGCGCAAGUUCGCCAAAGUGGCGCUGGCGGCUGGCAGCCCGGCGCGGCCGCCCCCAGCGCGGGGCCGCGAGCCGGACAUGGAGACGUUGAUCCUGACGCCGCCGCCGGGCACAGCGGGCCUGGACCAGGACGGCGAGGCGGGCCGGCGCGCGCGCGAGGUGGCCUUCAUCCACAUCCAGCGCGAGCUGCGCCUGCGCGGUGUCUUCCUGCGCCACGAGUUCCCGCGCGUCUACGAACAGCUCUGCGAGUUCGUCGAGGCCAACCGGCGCUUCACGCCCACCACCAUCUACCCCACGGACCGGCGCACCGGCCGGCCCUUCAUGUGCAUGAUCAUGGCCGCCUCUGAGCCGCGCGCGCUCGACUGGGUGGCCAGCGCCAACCUACUGGACGACAUCAUGUAGCUGAGGGGGCGCGCCUGGGCUCCGCCCAG